AUGGGUUCUUUCACGUCCCAACCUGUGGACCUGGGAAAGGUCGCUGCGCCUGCUGAGUCUACCGCGCCCGCCAUUCCCGCGUCCCUCUCCUCAGCCGGUGUGUCGACCUCUCCGGCCCAAGGCCCGCAGCUUAAUAACUGCUGGAGCUGUCGCUUGCUCUCCGCGUCCGGGCUGAUCGGGGCGGGAGGGUACGUCUACUGGAAGGCACAGAAGCCCCUGAAGCAAGGAUACGGCUCAACUCCAGGGACUAUUAUGCAGAUGGUCGUCGGCCUCAGCUUUGCAGUUUGGGGUCUAAUCAUCCUGAUAGACCCCAAAAGGAAGACUUACCGUGCUGAUUGA